UCAUUAUCAUGAUUAUAUGCCAGAGCUCGCGGGUCGGAUCGGUAUGAGGUCGAGUACCCCACAAGCUCGCACCAAGUUGGAAGGUGAAUGAACAGGAGAAUAGAACACGUAUAAUAGAAUUCGCAUCAGCCUGAACGAGAUCCUUUGUUAAUGUGGCCUGGCUUCCAGGACAUAGGGACCAUAUUGCAAUAAAUAGGUCCCCCGCCCUGAGAUGAACGAAGAAACAACUGAAAAGAGGGGUGAAGUUCCCCUAAAUGAGAUGUCGGAAAAGGAGGAUGAACCUACUUUCGAAUCGCUUCUGGAUACCCUGGGACAUUUCGGUAAACACCAACGAAUCAUCUUCUCCCUGCUGACACUCUCCGACAUCUUGCACUCAAUGGUUCUCAUGUUUCUUAUCUUCUCAACUGUGGUUCCCAAGUGGAGGUGUUUGGAAUUCGAAGGCCUUAACGUCACGGCAAUUUCCGCAGCAAAUGAAGGCCUUAACGUCACUGGAAUUACCGCGGUAAAUAGAGGACUUAACUCCACUGUACUAAAAGUGAGAAACGCGACGAAUGAUACCAAUGCGGAGAACUUUGAAAAGGUUUGCGUGUUUAACGGAUCUAAGUGCAUUAGAUUUGACUUCGAUGACGGAUACAGAGGGAUAGUUGUUGAGUGGGACCUUGUGUGCGAUAGAAAGUACAUUCCGAGCCUGACUACAUCCACUACAAUGUUUGGCUUGUUGAUUGGAGCAGCCCUUGCUGCCCAGACUUCCGACUUGUUUGGGCGGCGAAAGGUCCUUCUUGUGGUGAUGAGCCUGAUGCUCCUCUGCCAAACACUAGUCGUGACCAGUGUCAACUGGCAGAUGUUUGCUGUCCUGCGCUUCUUCACGGGAGUAUUCGUUGCUGGCUCACUGGCCUUGAGCUUCUUGAUCCCGAUGGAGUUCAUCGGCCCAAAAUGGCGAUCAUUUUCUGGCGCAUUCGGUGUAUUCGAUCUGGGAGAAGCAACAUCUGCUUUAGUGGCAUACCUCACUCAAGACUGGCGUUAUCAAGCGUUAGUCUCAGGCUCAGCUCCCAUUCCACUCGUUAUAGCAAUCAUCAUCCUGGUGCCGGAAAGCAUUCGUUGGCAGAUUCAGAAGCGACGAUUCUCAGAGGCUGCUGUCGGCAUAAAGAAAAUGUCGCGGAUCAAUCGAAAACCCGUCCCUGACCUGGCAAUGAUGGAACGAAUAUCUCGAGCACAAAAUCACCAGAAAGAUAAAGAGUCUCGCUAUACUUAUAUAGAUUUGUUCAGGACGCGGAAACUUGCGAUCACAACACUGGUGGUGAUGUUUGGCUGGUUCAGUGUGUCCAUCAUUGUUUAUAGUUUGAUCACAUCCAUCAGCUCUCUGAGUGGCAAUCUCUACCUGAACGCGGCAUACGCCUCACUGCCCGGUUUGUUCCUGGGAUGGACGGUUAUUCCAAUGGCCAACUGGAUCGGCAGAAAAGGCGCCCUCGUUCUGUACGGCUCGAUACCCAUCGUUUCAAUGUUCGGCAUUGUCAUCCUGCAGGCGACGGGGCAGAUAGAGGACCGGGCCAUGGCAAAGACUGCCCUGGCAAUCAUCGGGAAGGUUGGCGCCGGGGAAAUGUGGACAGUAAUACUAAUCAUCACCUCGGAACAGUAUCCAACACUGAUGAGGGCUAUUGGUCUAGGGAUAGGAAACGUGUCCGCUCGCAUAGCAGGUAUCAUUGCUCCACAAAUUUGGAUAUUGUGUGACUUUGUGCACUGGACUGUCCCCUUUAUCAUCAACGGGUGCCUCGCCAUUACCAGUGUCAUCCUGAUAUUGGUGCUACUGCCGGAGACGAGAGGACGCCCCAUGCCGGAGGAGGUGCCGCCUCUGUCCUGUCCGUGUAGAAGACAACCGACACAGAGGGAGAGCAAUGGGUAUAGAGAAGCACCGUCCACGGGUGAGACAGCGUGCUGAACCAGUUGACAGGCAGUGCAUAAAGCGACCAGGAUAUUACUUUUUUGAGAAUAACCGUCACUGCUGCUAGUGCAUAUAUCAGUUGUAUAUAGACUUCAGCAUAUGUUAGAGAGGAUCAAUCAUGUAAUUAUCACAAAUGUCAACAAUGAAUUUAAGACUGAAUGAUUAUUCAAUGAAUAAUUCCUGGGCUAUUGGUGUUGUUGUUGCAAUGUCAUGAUGUGGUUGCUACACUUGUUCUUGCUGCAGAUGUCGCUACAGUUAUUCCUGCUGCAGUCGCUCUCGCUACAG